AUGUCGACUACAGGGGAACAGUUAACCCUAGCUCGGGAUAUUAAAAGAGCUAUAGAAUUGCUAGAAAAGCUACAACAAAGUGGAGAGGUGCCUGCAACUAAACUAGCUGCUUUACAAAAAGUGCUUCAAAGUGAUUUUCUGAAUGCUGUGAGGGAAGUGUAUGAACAUGUUUAUGAAACAGUGGAUAUUCAAGGUUCAGCUGAUAUCCGUGCUUCAGCAACAGCAAAGGCAACAGUGGCUGCGUUUGCCGCAGCUGAAGGCCAUGCCCAUCCAAGAGUUGUAGAACUUCCAAAAACCGAAGAAGGUCUGGGGUUCAACGUUAUGGGUGGGAAAGAGCAAAAUUCACCCAUUUAUAUUUCUAGAAUAAUCCCAGGCGGUGUUGCCGAUCGCCAUGGCGGACUUAAGAGAGGGGAUCAAUUGCUAUCUGUCAAUGGGGUAUCAGUAGAAGGUGAAAACCAUGAAAAAGCUGUGGAAUUGCUGAAACAAGCUGUGGGGUCUGUAAAACUAGUUGUGCGCUAUACACCAAAAGUAUUGGAAGAAAUGGAGAUGAGAUUUGAUAAACAGAGAACAGCUAGACGGCGCACAAAUUUUAACUAG